AUGUCAAUCGAAUUUGAUCAGCUCCGAGAAUUAUUGCAGCAGCAACAAAAGCAGUUUGAAGAAGCGCAACUGAAGCUCAUUGAAUCACUGACUCAGAAACUGCAUAUCCAGACAGCAGCAGUCAGUACUGAUUUUAAAGUUGAUCCGCUUGUAUUCACCUGUAUUUUUUACUUUUGUUAUUUGCGCCGAGUGAAGCUGGAAAUAGCAGCGUGGUACCUAUCCCCAUCAUUUUCUAGGACACUUGGAACACAAAAUGCAACUAACGCUAACUACACAACCAAACAUAAGCAAAUUAAACAGGUUUAUGCGUUAGCCUUGAUAUCAAAACUGAAUCUGAUAGUAGAGGGGGUUUCGGAUGAGAACGGGCAUAUUGUUCAAAAGGAAGAUACCGAUGGGCUCAAUGCCCACUACUAUUCCUUAGAGUCAGGUUUAAUCAACCGUAAAGCAAUAGGAAACGGUGCGCUUAGCCAUGUGCACAUUGCCGUAGCCAAUCAGAAGCUAGCUUUCAGACAUCAAGAAAGCCAAUCGCAUUCAUGCUUCUGA